ACACUAGUCAGGAGUCCCACCUUAUGGGGCUAUUAGAGAGGAGACAAAUCAAACAAUAUUGAAGCUAUUAAGUAGUACAACGAGGAAAUCGCCAAGGCUUGUGGGAGCUCAGGUGAAGCUCUUAACCUGUCUUGAGGCAUUAUCGAAGGCUUCCUCAAGAAUUGACGUCUAAGCCGAUUACUGAGGGAAGAUUAAUACUAGUGACUGCGCCUACAGAAAUACGUGGAGAUUUUGAGGGCAGUGGGCAGAGGUGAGGCCCCUGGAAGUUGACCUGGCUAGAUCAGAGAGUCAUUUGCGGGGCAGGGCUUUCUGGCGAUUUGAACUUAAUUCUUAGAGAACUGGGAGAGAUUUGCUCCGGAGAGGAUGAAGGCUCCUGCGGCAUUGGCUCCGAGAAAACAGCGUCGUUGGUGCCCGGGGCCCGGGGCCCCGAUGGCUCAUUAACUGCAGGAGAUUUCGAGUUCCUUAGGGAGUUGGCACAGGGCUCCACAGCGUCAACCCGCAAGGGUUCCAGACAGUCGGCGCCCGCGAGCUGCCGCCCCGGAAAUGACGUGUUGCCUCGCUGGCCGUGCGGAAGUGGAGAUGGCGGAGCUCUACGUGAAGCCGGGCAACAAGGAGCGUGGAUGGAACGACCCCCCGCAGUUCUCCUACGGGCUGCAGACCCAGACUGGCGGACCCAAGCGCACGCCGCUCACCAAGAGGGUUGCAGCCCCGCAGGAUGGAUCCCCCAGAGUCCCCACAUCAGAGCUAUCUCCGGGGCAUCCCCCAGUUGGGCCUCCACCUCCGAGUAAGGCUCCCGGGCCUCCACCUGUGGAGAGCUGUCCUUCCUCUUGUGUGGUGCCCACAAGUUCCCCAGUCAUUGAGCCUGAGGCCCUGUUGGAGGAUGUGCUGAGACCUUUGGAACAGGCACUGAAGGACUGUCAUGGCCACACAAGGAAGCAGCUAUGUGAUGACAUCAGCCGACGCCUGGUACUGCUACGGGAACAGUGGGCUGGAGGGAAGCUGUCAGUGCCGGUAAAGAAGAGGAUGGCUCUGCUGGUGCAAGAGCUUUCAAGCCGCCAGUGGGAUGCAGCAGAUGACAUCCACCGCUCACUCAUGGUUGACCAUGUGACUGAAGUCAGUCAGUGGAUGGUGGGAGUUAAAAGAUUAAUUGCAGAAAAAAGGAGUUUAUCUUCAGAGGAGGCUGCCAAAGAAGAGAAAUCAGCAGCUGCAACCGAGAAUGAGACCAUGUCAGGCCUUCAACAAGCUCCAUAAUCCUGUUGGUUCCCUGAACUCACUUCACAUCAUCACCAAUGCCUUGGUGUGGGAGGACUUCUCUCACUUGGCUCCUUCUUACCACCAGGGAGACCAUCCCAUGGGCCUGACCCACUUGUAUGGGAAAAGGGUCCCACCUGGGUUACCUGAACAUGCAUUUUAAUAAAAACAUCUCAGUGGUGGGCCUUGGGUAGGAAACGAGCCCUUCCUAUGCGAA